UGUAUGUACAUACAUACAGCUGUGUAGUGUGUAGUAUAUACUCAGCAAUCAGCUGUGGUUGUCUGUGCUUCACUUAGCAUUAUAAUAUAUUUGUGAAUUGAAUAUUUGCAAGUAUCUGCAAAUUUAUUUAACCUCUAUUUUCUCUUCUUUUUUCACUUUUUGCUGUCUGAGUAAUGGUUUUGUGAACAAGUUCACGCGAAAUGCGAAGCAAUGCGAAGAAUUGUCACGCUCCAAAUUACGUGAUUAGUGUCCUAGAUUUGGUGUUGGGCACUUGGGAAUUUCGGAAUCUAGACUGCAAAGAACUCCCGUUCAUUGCCAGUCCGCGAUUAGACGCUUUCCUGAGAAGUCGGACGAUAUUCGUAACACAGUUGGAUAGAAAUACUCAUCUUGGCAUCUCAUUAAUAUAGUCUGAUUCUUUCGACACGUUUUACCACGUGUCAUUAUUUGGCAGGCGACUGGUUAGUGAUGAUCAGAGGACCUUACAGGAAUUUCAACAGUAUUGUACACAAAAUGAUGACGCUUGUGGAAAAAGAUUAUGAAGCAGUGCAAAUAACACAAUUGCAGAAAGCUGCUUUACAAGAGCGCUGCAUACUUGUAGAUAAAUUGGAUAGAGUUAUUGGAGAAGCUACCAAGCAAGUUUGUCACGAAAUUGAUAUAAAGAAAUGUUUACCACUCCAUAGGGCAUUCAGCGUCUUUCUGUUUAAUAGUAAAAAGGAAUUAUUACUCCAGAAGCGAUCAAGCGUUAAGGUAACAUUUCCAAAUUGUUACACAAAUACGUGCUGCAGUCAUCCUUUAGCGGAGAUUCCUAACGAAAUAGAAGAAGAAGAUGCUAUAGGCGUACGCCGAGCCGCGAUAAGAAGGCUCGGUUACGAGCUGGGCGUACCUAGCAACGAAAUUAAACCUUCUGACCUAUUUUAUCUGACAAGAAUUUACUAUCAAGCUCCCAGUAAUGAUCGCUGGGGUGAACACGAGAUCGAUUACAUAUUAUUUCUGCAACGGGAUGAUAUCACCAUAAAUCCCAAUCCUGAUGAAGUGAGCGAGAUUCAAUGGGUGUCGCGAUCGGAGAUAGAAAAUUUUAUGAAGACUGCACCACUGACUACACCGUGGUUCCGUAUGAUUUACAAUUUUAAACUGCUGCAUUGGUGGGACAAUCUACAUGCCUUAGCUGAAAUGCAAGAUCACCAAAAUGUAAUUGAGUUAACUGAUUAAUUUAUAUUCGUGUAUAGAGCAUAUGUAUGUUUUUUUUUUUUUAGUUAAAUUUUUCGGU